UUCAAAAGCAUGUUUGGCUUGAUGAUUUUAGCCGGAGAUCAAAAGACAAAGCGAGUCACACUAUGAUUCGUCUUACAUAUCAAUAUCACAGAAUCAAUUUGGCUCAAUAAAACUUGAACUAUUUGUAUUUUGUAUCAGUGGUCGAGCCGUUUCAAACAUGCUAUAAUAUUCUAUACAUCAGCUAAACAAGGCUGAUUUGAAUGCCGAUUUGAAGUAUGUAUUCUGCUGGAUAAAACAAUAUAGUUACGUGUUAUAUACAGGGUACAUAUCUGUUGUAAUAACUGCGCUUACGUUAAAUUGACAUUAUUUUGAAUGCGAAUUGGCGCGACUACACCAAGUGAGGUCUCCCCUAACAGUUUGUGGGCUGGUACCUUGGAGGAAGCAGCUUGAAGAGUCCGAGCAUUACUGUAGUUUGGCAAGCGAAGCGGACUUGCUUUGUUUUUUAAGUAUAGUUAACUCUUACCAACUCUUUAUCUAUUUCAACACGGAGCGUUGCACACACAGCUCAAUUGUUUCACCGCCGUGGGAUUUAACCGCUGUUACCAAUCGAGUUAAUUUCACAAGCUAGCAUGCUGGGUAGCUAACUCAGCUAGCAUGCUAACAUAUUAGCUGUAGCCACACGUUACAUUGAAAUUUCCGUCCUCUUCGCUUCCACUCAGAUAUGUAUGGCAAUAUGGCACGUAGGGAAGAAGUUUUUCAAUCAAAAGUACUUCAGAAGCUUUACCCUGCAGCUCCCAAACUGGAGAAGCAACCCAGCCCACCACGCAUUGUAGAUGCCCUAUCCAGAAAAACCUAUGUGAAAAGAAAGGCCUCUCAACAAGACACAGCCAUUGAUACAGGGACACAGAGUGCAGCCACUCCAGGCAGGCGGAUGUACACAGUCCUACCUCCUCCUGCAGACUACAAGACAGAUUCAGAGAAAUCUGUCACACUUCCCCAGUUCGAAAGCAUAAAUAGUGCGGAGGACCCAGCUGAAGAGGUCGCCCGUGAUAGCGACAAAGACCAAGAUAAAGAGGAAGAAGAGCAGAAAAGAAAAAGGAGGCGAAGGAAAAGGAAAACAGCCCUCCAUCAAGACUCUGAGAAAGAUAGAGCAGCUCCACUGAGUGAGUCCAGCACAGGUCAGAGUCACACACCUGUAGAUGAGGGAGGUGAGCGCAUUAGCAGGAACAAGAAGAGGAAGCUGAAAAAGAAGCGGCACAAAGAGAAGCUGCUCUCCAUGGGUCUGAUGCCUCGGGCCACUGCCCUGGAGUUCACGUACCGAAAAGAUGGGGAAGAAGAGGAGGAGGAGGAGGGAGCUGUGGAUGUGUCAGACUUCCUCAGGACAACACUGGAAAUCUAUUUGUCAGAUUCCUCCAUGCGUGGAGACAAGCUUCCUCUCCUGUCUGGGACAGUGAAUGACCUUCUGAGCAGCAUAUCCAGCGGAUCCAAGCCCACUUCUGUCUUGAAGCAGCUCCACAGUCUCAAGGCCCUUGUUCAACAGCAAGAGGCAAACAAGCUGGAAAUGGCACUGGAGGAGUUCUCCAACACGUCUCCCAUGUCUGCAGAGGAAACCACUGCAGUCAUUGCACUCUUCCAAUACUGGAUCACAGACAUUUUUCCCAUGCAGGGAGACAAGAAGACAGGGUUUUCUACGACGCACCCAUGAGACAGUGAGUCACAGUGAAACACAGACUCUACUGAACGAUUAUUUCUACAGUGCUCCUGUUAAAUUUUGUUUUUUAAAAUGUUGGACUUUACAAGCUGCUGCAUAAAAUAUUUUUAUUAAAAAUGUUUCCAUUUGAUCUUUGUCUAAUCCAUUUUCAUGCAUUAUAUAUAUCUUCCAAAACACAGCCAGUUCAUCCUGAGCUGGGAAAAUCCGUCUGCCCACCAUGAGUAAGCUUGAAGUUGUCAUUAUCGACCAAGCUGUUACUCACCUCCCUGUUUGUUAAAGUUGUUUUUUCUGAAGUGUAAAUGAAUCAAACAUCUAAUUGGCAUUAACAUAAUUUGUCCUCCUCACCUAACCUUCUAAAUGCCAGAGUAGCAAAUGUCAGCUCUGCCCAGAGCUCCAGUAUUUUUUGCAGAUGUUAUGACAUUUAAACUCGGCCAGUUAACCUGAUAGCUCCUCAGUUAUCUACAGUACACUCCCCACAAAUCAAUGUCUGACCAAGUUGCUAUUCUUCAUGGCUUUUCAAACUUGCUCUUCCACCUAAGUGCUCUAGAUUAAUUAAUUGUCCUCAGGGAGGCAAUUCUGAUGGUACUUAGUGAUCAUUGGUACAAUUACUUGAUUCCCACACCCACUUGUUGCCCUUAUCUAACAGUACGCUCAAUAUGGCAGCACAGUUUGUUGUUGAUGGACCUUUGAAACCAGUACCACCCAGGGAGUCUGUAGCUUAACCUUCCGUAUCACCAUACCUGUCUAGAGCUCAGAUAAUCUAUUCUAAUACAUGUGCCCAUGAUUCACUGCCAGGGGAUGAGUUCAGGAAAAGGGCAGAGAAUUAUCUCAGCUGGACAGCGCCGUUGUGACCUGAGUGAGAGUUGUCUGCCACGUACCAGCUCUAGAGGAAACCGUUGUCUUACCAGAAAUGGGACGCACCAGUAGACACCGCGAUGUAACACUGUAACACACAUCUGAGUGUUUGUGUAGUAUUAUAGUGGUGAACAAUUAGCAUGAGGGCCGCCAUCUGUGGCCUCUAUUCAUGGAUGGAUGCACCAGGUGCCGUCUGAUGGAGGUUCGGGGGCUCAUUCUGCAGACAUUAGCCAGAGGAGAUAAGGGCAAAGAGCACAUUGCUUGACACGCUUAUAUAACAUAUAUAAAGGUGAUCAUGAGUGGUUUCAAUGCACUUUUUUAGCCUUGCAAGCCGACUGGCACUGAGGAUGGCAAUGACAGCCUGUCUGUUCAAUUCACCACUUUGGGCCUGACUGAAAAUCUCAACAAUUGUUCGGUGGAUUGCCUUGAAAUUUGAUAUCCACGGUGCACAGAGCAUGAAUUCUAAUGCCUUUGGUGAUCCCCUGACAUUUAUACACGCAUAUCCAGUAAAAUAUCUCAGCUUCUACCAAAUAGAUUGGCACACAAUUCAGUACAGACAGUAAUGUGUGCCGUAGGAUGGAUAAAAAUUCACCAGGAUGGAGGAAUUUAGGUGUUUGAUGCCCCGCAACUCCUAUUUAAUAUGUGCUCCCUCAAUGUUGAAACAAAACCUACACCCCUGUAACAAGGUAUCGAAAUCUGACAGUGUGACAAUGUGAAGGUUUGCUUGGAGCUGAGGAACCUGCAGAGAAUUAUAACCUGAAUAUGCAGUUCUGCUGAGCUUUAUCUCGCUGUAUAGUGAGCUUCAGCUCCUUGUGUAGCUGUCUGGCCUGCAACCUGAUUUUCUCUGACUACUGACAACUCUAUAGUUCCUCUUUCUCCUUAGAUUGAGACUGUGUGUGUCACCCUCUUCAGUACAUCAUCUUUUCAAGGACACAUCAACGGUGUUACUCUUCUGUGUGCUUUCAUCUGUGCAAUUUUAAUUGUCUUCACCUGUCACUGACACAGCACAGCACUGACAUUCUCUUUCACAUACUGAUUACAUCCUGUAUUGACUGUUGCAGCUCCGUCCUUUUUGGUCUUCCUCUCAAGUGUUUUCAUGAACAGAACCAGAACUUUUUCUAUAGAUCCUAUCACUCCUGAUCCUCAGCAACUUCACUGGCUCCCUGUUAAAUAUCCUAUCGAUUUCAAGAUUCUGCUUUUUACCUCUAAGGCACUUCAGAACCUAUAGUCACUUCAUAACCUGUAGGCCCUUUAUAUCUUUCUGAACUACUGCAUAUCUUCACACCCUGCCAUACUCUCAGAAUCUCCUCUGCCAUCCAACUCCCUUCACCAUCAACCCACUUCACUACCAUGGGGUCUGCAGCCUUCAGCUAUUCUGCCCCCACCUUUGGAAUGGUCUUGCGCAAGACCGAUGCAAUGUUGACUUUGAAUCUACCUUUACAUCCCAUCUGAUUAUUCUCUCUCUCUUGCUCUCUUGGGUAAUUAGAAAAUGUUUGCAUGCUUACACAGCAAACCCAGAUGGUGAACAUGUUAAAAAUUAUACCUGCAAAACAUCCACAUGUUAGCCUUGUUAUUGUGAGCAUACAUAUAAGCUGUUAUUAAUAUUUAAUUUUAUCUUGCCUGCUUCAAAUUCCUUAUAGCAUUGAAGUCAUUACUGGUUUUUGUUUUUCUCCUAUAGUACUUUGAAUGCUAAAUGGUUUCUUUCUGUGCAUAAAACCCAGUGGGCAUCGCAAGUCUCAGUAGCAUCAUGACUUUGCAGCAUUAAUGCCAGAGUUUGAGAGUAUUCAUGGAUGCAUGAGCUUGGAGGCAGAAUUCGGUCCUAUUACCAGAGAUGAGAAGAAGGUCAUUGUUGGCCGCUCUCACUGGAGAGAACUCCUCUCGUCCAGCGAGAGAGACGUUAUCAGCACAGCCACCUCAUUAUAAGACCUCGCUCUGAGCCGGGGACCCCUAGGCCAGGAAGGAUAUUAAAGCUUAAAGAAAUUUGCUGACAUGGUGGGAGAAGUCAUUCUCAACAUCAACAGAAAAACAUCCAAAUCAACCCACUUGGCAGAUUCAAACGGGUUCUAGUGGCACUGACUCCAGAUGACUUAGGCCUUCUGUAUGAAGCUAUUAAAGGAACUGCUGAAGUCGGAAAUCAGUUACACUUGAUGUUAAUGUACUGUACCUGAAUUAGACAACACUUCAUUCAUCAUUUUUCACUUUGUUUGGAUGUCAAACUGCCUUCAGACAGGCAGAAAGAUGGAUGCAUGCAUUAAAAUCCUGAAAGUGCUCUCAACAGAAUCCAAAACAUUGACAAUGGCAGCUCACUGUUAUCUGCAGCCGACGUGUGUACAUUAAAGCUGUAGUUGGUAACUAUAGUUGGAAAUUAAGGCUUAGUCAUAUUUGCUGAAACUGUCACUCUACACAGUAUUACAUAAGAUGGAUAAUCUAUGAAUACAAUCAUGUUCCUCUGCCGCCUCUUAGUGUGGGUUCCAAUACCCAUACUACCAUACUAUAUAGUCUGCCAGAAAAAGAUACAGUGGUCCUAAUACAUAGUAUGUCAAAUGCAGUACGCCAGAAGUACCAGGAUGUUCUACUACAUCUAGUUGGAUUUUGCAGUAUGCAAGCAAGCAUGCAGGUCUGGCUAUUCUGACCCACAGUCCUCUGCGCAGCGGAAGAUCCGUUACAUUGUCUGAGCUGCCGAUAGAUGACAGCCUGACAGCUCUUUGACAGCUGAUUGACAGUUGUCAGAAGCUGUAAUGACAGAUGACAGCGCACUUAAGUAACUGAUGGCCAGUCGGAUAGUGAUGAUAGGAAUAUUAAUUAUUUAAAUGAACAAAAUAAUCAUAAAGAUUACCAACAACAGAAGGACUUAACUAUGAAAAUAACAAUGACAGAGAAAUGCAUAUGUUAGUCACAAUAUGUUGGAAUAUACAAUGUAUGAAACCGCAUACAUCACAAAGUAACAACUGCAGAGCUCUUGGGAUUGACCUCUGUCUCCGGGGUGCUGGGUGAAUGGUGUUUUAUUUUAUCUACAAGGUAAUGGAUGUAUUAAAAAGAGGCUCAAAGUUCGGGAUGUAAUGGUAUGAGAAAGUCACAUGUCCUGAUUGUGUGCAUACUACAUACAAAAGUACUUUUUAAAGGCAGCUGCCGUACCUACUAAAAGUAAAACGAAAAGUUUGCGAUUCGGGACGCACCCUUAGUGUUUCUAAUAGCAUUGCCGCACAUGAAGGAAAACAUCCAAUCAGAGCAGAGGAGUCUCUAACACAGCUAACAGUCAUGUCAGUCAUUGCACACGUACUGCAGUCUAACUGUCAAACUAGGCAGCGCUGAUAAAAUAUGAAUCAAUUCUGUUACUGCAUUACCUAUUUCUCACCUCCAGAAACAUAUUUAGUGUACUGUUUAGCUGUAAAAUGAGAAUGUUUGUGAUCAGGACACCAUGUUGAAAACAGUUCGGCUGGAACAGGGCACCACCCACCAGCCAGAGCAAACUUUCUCAUUGUACAGCUAAACAGUACACUAAAAUAUAAACCUGAAAACAUCUGAGAGUGGAGAUAUGCAGCGC